GCCUCUUCGUCGGCGAUGGCGGCGGCAGCGGCGGCAGCGGCGGAGGAGGUCGGGGAAGUGGCGCCGGGGGAGAGCCGCAAGCUCUUCGUCGGCGGCAUCCCCUCCUCGGCGCAGGACGUGGAGCUGCGGGGCCACUUCGCUCGCUUCGGCGCCGUGCGCUCCAUGGUCUUGAUGCGGGACAAGGAGACCGGCCACAGCCGCGGCUUCGGCUUCGUCGAGUUCGACGACGAGGAAGCGGCUGACAAGGCGCUCGGCGACGGGGAGAACCCCAAGCACUUCAUCUGCGGACGACUGGUGGACGUUAAGAGGGCUAGGAUUAGACCUCCGCGGAACAUGGGCGACCAACCUUUGCAUCAGCAGGAACAGGGUCCAUACCAGGGCCACCGCAACAACCAGCCCGCUGGGAACGCUACUGAGGCCAGCGGCGACAAUGUCAGCUACGCAUCAAAGAAGAUCUUCAUUGGUGGCCUGAGGGACAACAUCACGGAGGAGGAGUUCCGGGCGUACUUUGAGGCGUUUGGCACUGUAACAGAUGUCGUAGUGAUCUACGACAGCAUGACCAGCAGGUCCAGGGGCUUUGGUUUUGUCACCUUUGACUCAGAGGAAGCUGUGAGGAAGGUCAUGGGGCAAAGCUUCCAUGACUUGAAAGGAACAAGGGUGGAAGCAAAGAUCGCCAUCCCCAAGGAUGCUCAGUACCCCCGUAAUGGCCGGGGUCGUGGCUCAAGAACCUUUGGCGGAAGGGGUCCUGCUGGCUAUGAUGGCUCCACCUACCAACCGUACAACAACCGGCCUGGCUUCUACAAUGGCUAUAUGCCGCAGCCUGUUCCCCCGCAUCCCUACUAUCAUGGCCUCUAUCUUGGCAUGCCGGGCAAUCCCUAUGCAAAUGCGUACCCAAACCAAGGAGUCAUGCCCAAUGUUCCAAGCAUGGUUGCGAGGCGUCCAGUAUAUACCCCGUACCCCCCAAUGUUCCCUGGUUAUGGUUUUGCAUACAGAGGUGCUUAUGCAGCUGCUGCCCCUUCUGGUCCGUAUGGCGUUAAUGGUGCCACUGAUUUCAUCAAUGAUCAAGACUCUACAAAUCUACAUCAACUUGACAGCGCUGCUACCGUUGCUGCAAAGUUUGAGUACAUGAAGCUAGGUUCACAAUGACAUUCUGGACUAUUACUUCUACAUUGAUGACACCUGAUGGCAACAUUUGUUUGGGAACCUGCAACUGUGAAGACAUGAGCUGAGAUUCUUUGGUUGACAAGUAUAUCAUUGGAAUUGUUCAACUUACCCCCAUUCCUUGUUUCAACUGCCUGUACACUGAAAACAUUAAGUUUCAACCGGCUGUUGAGCUCACCUCUCUUGUACCAGUGCUUAAAUUCUUUGUCGGUUUAAUGUAUCAGAAUCAUACUUUGAUCCUAAUUGCUCAUGCAACCUAGGUUGUUUAUAUGCUGGUUUAUUUCGAUCAGCUGUUGCCAA